AUGAGUUCCCCGGUGAACGAGAGGAUUCGAAACGGCAACAUCCCCGAUUCUUUAGAAGAGGCGAAACCGUCUGGCCCAGGACGAAGAGAUAGGCCACGACGUAGCUACUUUCGCUGGCUUCUAGCUCUCGUUGCGAGACUCUGCAUCUGGUAUACUGUCCUCACGCCGUUCCUCCGCUGUCCAUCUGAUAUAUCGGCCCUGGAUGAUUCUUCUCCUCGUGUUUGCAAGCCAUAUCUGAUUACGCGCUCGUACGUCGAUCCUCAUGUCGACCGAUAUUACCAAGCCUAUGCUGCACCUUACGUUGAGCGAGCGCGCCCCUAUACUUCGGUCCUCAACGAGCGCGUAUAUACCCCUGCUUCGAGAAUCGCGAAACAUGGGUAUGAAACGUACGGCGCUCCAGCCAUCGCACAAGCUGGAGAAUACGGUCAGCAAAAAUGGGAGGUGGUGGCGGUGCCACAACUGAUGUCGAUUCAGGCCUCAGCACAUACUCUCUAUAAGGACAAGCUGGAUCCUUACGUGCAGCAAGUCCUAGACGUUGUAACCCCAUAUACUGAAACCAUUUCAAAUCAAGCCACCGAUAUUCACAAUGGAUACAUUCUUCCCUCAUAUAUUCGUUCAAAGCCCUUAAUUGUAAGGGCUUAUUCGUCCAGUCGGGAUGUUCUUACUCGGACUGUGAUUCCGUUAGCCCACCAAGGAUGGUCCACCCUGGCUAUCUUCGUCAAAGGCAGUCUGCUGCCUACUGUUACUGGACUGUAUAGCGAGAAUGUGGAGCCGCAGCUCGUUAAAAUUGGAGAAAGAUUGGCUUCGUACCGCGAAGGUAAAAAGCUCAGGACUGUCGUUGAUGAAUAUGAAAGCUCCACCGAAUAUUUCGUUACAGGAGCGGCCACGCCUACAGCGAGUACUGUUAGCGAGCCGCAGACAACAGCUGCCACAACAUCUACAACAAAAAGUGCUGAGGCCACGCAAUCUUCCCUUACUCUCGAGCAACGAGUUGAAACUGCCAGGGAACAGAUCGCUUCUGAUCUACUUAUCUGGCAACAGAAGUUCGCCAUGGCUGCUGACAAGGGAGUUGAUGAUCUGGGAGAUCGAGUGUCACAUAUUGUGAACAGCCAACUCGAGAGCGGGGCCAAAACGCAUGGGGAGGCCUUGAUCGAAGCCUUGCACACUGUCCAACAGCACGAAAUUUUGAGGAUUAAAGAACACAUCAAUGAAAUCAUCCAACAGCUUCCUCCAUAUGACGCUCCUUAUGAAGAGGAGAAGGCAAAUGAGGAUCUUUUACACUUUAUACGUUUAGUGGGGACUGAAAUCAGAGAUCGUGCCCAUGCUCUUAGGGAAUGGUAUAAUACCUUCGAAAAGGAACUUGAUCGAAGAGUAACGGCCGCCGCAGAUUCCACGCUAGAAGUGUUGGACAGCAUUCGUGAUCUUGGGCUGCAGGAAAUUGGUAUACGAUGGGCCGUGAUGGAUGAAGUUACUUACAAGGAUUGGGCAAAAUACCAUGCUCUUAAGAAGCAGUUUGAUAAAUGGAGGGGCGAGGUUUACGAGGCUGGUCUCAAACACGCAAAGGUAGAGGAGGCCAAGAUUAUUGCAGAGGACAUCCUUUCUAGGGGCAUGACCACUGCUGAGGAUGCCGCUAAGGAGCUAUCGCGGCUCAAAGAAGUUGGAAAAUGGAAGAUCCAGGCAAGGGAAGUUAGCGAGGAUUUCGAGACCAGGACUGAACCACCUCCAGCUUUAGUGAGACCUGAGGAGGACAACGUAGAAGAAGAAUCUCUCUCAGAGUCUAUAUCCAUCGACGACCCAGAGAUGAGUGGUGCAUCUUCUGCCGCACCAUCUGCAACCUUUGAAGAGGUCGAAACCGAGUUUGACAAAACAACCACAGUACGAAUAGAGCUAGCAGAUGUGACACCUGAAGUUCCUACCGGCGCAACAGCCGAUCGCUUUGAAGAUGAAAACGAGCCCGAAGUAGCAGAAGCUUUGGGGGAGAAGGAUGAUGUCCGAAGCAGUGACAGUAAAGUUUGGGGAGGUGUUGCGGCUCAGGUUGUGACAAAUCAAGUACCUAUACUUGAUGAUGACCAAGAACACAGAUUCUCCGAGCAGAUGGUAAGUCUUGCCAGCGAGGCCAGCGAACGGUACGCGGAGGCUACAAAAGCAGCCAGUGAAGCCUUAUUUGCUCAGGCCACCACAUCCAGCGUAGGAGAUCAGGCAGCUUCGGUGGUCCGCGAUCAAUACUCCAGUGCAGUGGAAGCUGCUUCAAGCAUAUUGUAUGGGACGACGCCAUCCGUCGGCGAGCAGUUUGCGAUUGCUGCUUCUGAGAGAUAUGAACAGGCUGUUGCGGCGGCCUCUUCGGCUUUUUACAACCUUCCCGUACCUGGUUCUCAAACUACAACCUCCGUUUUGGAAUCUAUAUCAUCUGUUGCCUCAUCACGCUUACAGGAGGGCCUCAGUAUUGCGUCCGCGCAGUUUUCCAAUUUGAAGGCCUCAAUAGCACCUACCCCUACAGCCACACAGAAUCCUAUUUUCCUUGAUGCUCAGCGCCGCUAUUACGAAGCCAUCGGACUUGCUCAUGACCAAUACUCAGCAUUCAUCUCCUCUGCGUCUGACGUAAUUUACGAGCCCGAACCUUCUCCCUCUCCAACGCCAUCCGUUAUCGACCCUCAGGGUCUUUUGGAAGAAGCUAUCAGCCAAUUUCACCAAGUCUCGGGCUUAGCAUCUUCGAGUCUAGCUGCUGUCGUUGCCUCCGCCAGCUCAGUAGCAGACAAAGGCGGUGAUUCUGCUCGCAGUGUCAUUGAUGAUGCCUUGUCGAAAUACAGCAACGCCAUGGCGGCGGCGUCGUCAUCAUUGUCUGUCGCUUCUGAAUCAGCCAGCUCGGCUAUCUUUGGAACACCAACGGGGACUUUCGAGUCAAUAACCAGCCAGGCCUCUGAACGCUGGCAGAGUAUGAUUUCACAAGCCAGUGAGCAGAUAUACGGCGCACCGACUCCCCUGGUACAACAGCUCUAUGACCAGCAAGUAUCUCGCUUUGAGGCCCUUGAAAGUUUCGUUUCCGAGCUUGUGGUUGGAAAAGAGCCUGCAUUUACAGAAAGCGUCAUGAGCAGACUCCGAUCCGCCUAUGAGACGCCUUAUCCCGCGGCUGCUCUUUCAUCAGCCUCAAGCUACGGAUCCGAAGCCUUUUCUUCUGCUUCUUCUCAUAUCACAGAUGUAGCUUCCCAUGUGGGUGACGGCGCGACCAACCUCCAGUCCGAGGCUAGCUCCGUUAUCAACAGUGCGGCAAGCAAGGUCAAAGAUGAAUUAUGA